CGUUCCGCGCUCCCGAAAUUAUUAUAAGCUCCGUCGAAUUGUGUUGCAUGGUUUACCAAAAUAAUCUUGUUGUCAUGUACCAGAUCCGUAUGUCAACGAACUAGGAGCGCGCAUCUUCCAUCUUUGGCAGCGGAAGUCCCGGCGGAUGUCCCGCCAAUGGAUAACCCUUCGUACUUUGCGUUACCAAAUAAGGACGUUCCUGAUGGUGCUGAGAAUGCAGGGGAAUUGUACUCACGAUCGGCCCCAAGUCGAUGGCCGGAGUCUUUUAGAUCUUUGGGCUCUCCUAGAAGACGCGAGCCAGAAAGCCCGAGAAGGAAGGAAUUCAGGGCACUGUUACGGUCGCUAUCCGCACAGGAACCUGAACAAGCAGAGGGGUUUCUCAAAGGGCAGCCCAUACUGGGAGACUGUGCUCCUGGUGAUAUGAGACAUACCUUUACCGCCCCUAGAAUAAAGAAAGGCAAAAUGCCUAUACAGGUGGGUACUCCAGAGUCUACACAUGAGCGGGAAGAAGUUUUUUACACCAUUCCGCUGCAAGGCCGUAGAAGACAUUCUGUUGGCGGUUAUUUGGCAACAGGAGCCGCAGGUAAUGGAGAAAUUACUACAAUGCCUAGUGAGGUGCCGAAAAUGCCCCCACCAAAAUUUGGGCAUAAGGAUGACGAAACAAUCAAGCGGAGGAGACCGAAAAAUUUCCCUUUCAAGGAAAUGGAAGAUAUAGCGAUAUUAUGGAGCUCGGGGUCUCCAGAGAGCGCUUUGUGGUCUGAUUAUCUCGUCGCCAGCUUCGACAAAAUUAUGUCGCAGAGAGCUCGCCACCACUAUAAAGUAACACCAAUAACAGCCGAAGACCUCCUAUCUCACGGAUCUCAAGAGAAAUUGGACAAAUUGGUGAAAGCGCAAUUGCAAAUUGUGAUUCUAUGUCCAAAUUUACUUAUGAAACUAUCAGAUCUGAAACGAGAUAUCCAUUGCGAGGAUAUGUUCAAACUGGAUAAAAUUCUUGUUAUGCUGCUGGGUGUGGAGAAGAGUCAAGUAAUUGCUAACCAUUGUGAAGACUACCCUACAAUAGGUCAGUGGCAAAUGAUGUGCGUUCGCGAAAAGGACACGUCGUUCGUAGACACGUUCCUCACCGCUGCAGUCGGCAUUCUUCGCACCAAGGACUGCAAGGACUCUGCCACAGAUAGAACCAGCUUCUCCAUUGUUCCAAAAAAAGUUAAAAUUGGUCAGAGUCGAGUGAUAGCGCUUCUGAAUGACCCCAUAAGAGAUGAGGACAGCAUUAAGAUAAUGGUGGAUAAGAAGGGCGAGGUCAUACAAAUCCCCACUUUCAAGAAAAGGAACCCUUAUACUCUUCAAUUCGAUAUACCAGAAUCUUGCUUGGAAGUUUCUAUGUUAAUCUGGGUACGUGUGAGCAAGAACGGCCAGUCGCUGGGUCGUCGACAAAUUAAGUGCGAAAGCCGAUUGAGAGAACUGGACCAAUUAUUGAGAGCCUCUGAUCAUCCUUUAGAAUUUAUGUGUCAGACGCUCGGGUUCAAAGCUACCAGCAAGGAGCAGCUGGACAGCUGGAUGCUGAAUGCGUUCCAAAAGAAUAUCCCUCCACACUUUAAUUUGCUGUCUUCUACUGAGCAGUUCAACCCUAAGGUUGAUGUUUCAAGUACAGAGGAGUAUCCCACUCUCCUUCAUUGGGGAGCCAGAUUCGGUCUGGAGCGCCUUUGCUGGCAGCUACUGGAGUGCCCAGGCGGAGGUGCGGCGGUGGCGCUACGCAACGUCCGCCAUCGCUCACCUGCCGACCUUGCAAGGGACCAUAAGCAUCAUCGGCUUGCUGAAGUUUUGCAAGAUCACAUGAAAAUAAAUGAAUUCUCUAAUAUGUAUUACUACUUGAAAAAUAUGUCAGAUAAUGACAAAGAUGAUAUGCAAGAAGAUGUAAAACAAGAAGAGUUACGCAUUGUAGAGCCAUGUGAUACCGUCGAUUCACCCUCUGAUAAGACUGAAGUUAAUGGAAUAGAACCAUCGCCGGAUCCCUUCAGCGAAGCUUGCACACAUAAUCUGGAAGUUCUCGAGGAAUCAGAAGAUAAGAAACAUAGACCGAUCUUGAAAUUACCAAAACCAAAAGAGCAAUUAUAUCAAAAUGAUUUCAUGAUUCACGACGACACAGAGAGCAGAAUCCAACAAGCUAUCGAACACGACUAUUUAGUGCAACCGUCGAAUAUUAAGGUAGAGAGUCCCAAGUUCCGACCGAAUAAUUUGUACGCAAAUAGUUCAAGGCUAAUGCCACAACAAGCAGACAUAUUUCUGUACUCACCCACUGAAGAAUCGAAGACUUUCACUAUCGACACUCCUACAAGUGACAUUAGUCAAAUAAACCUAAGUACCAAAGAUUUGCUACGCAACAGUGGCAGCGUAAAAUCUGGAAAAGAAAAUUACCCAGUAACCGCACAAGAGGAAUUAGCUGAAAUUAUAAAUGAUUUCAAGAAUAAUGUAUUCACUAUAUCUGAAGUAGAAAAACUAGUGUUAGAAUGGAAAAAUAGGAACGAGACUCAGCAGUCUCUGAAGGAGAAGCAAGAACAACUAAACAAGAUGAGAGAAGAGUACGACAAGAUUCAACAGAAAAUCAAAGAGAAUUUAAAGAGACCAACGCCUUUUGAGCGCGUCAAGAAAAUGUUUUCAAAGAACAAAAAUAAAAAUCACGACAAUAAUGGUACUAUCGAGAAGAGAAAUGGUACUAGACCAAACAGUAGUCUGAGUGAAAGUUCAUCCUCGUCAGGACGUUUGAGUACGGUGAGUGGUGGCAGUGUUGGUGAAACGAAUAGCGUUCAAUCCGAAAUGGAUGACAAGGCCAGGUCGAUCAUAUCCUCAAGUACCCUCACCAUGCACUCAGCUUGCGAUGGAGACAGUCGGCUGGAUGACUACCUGAUCCCACCGCCACCACGUCCACUCAAUGGAUGUCCUCAGUUUACUACCUUCGGUCAUCCUAAGAAUGAUAUCCGAGGCCAACAUAUGGCGACAAUAGUAGAACGAGAGGCAUCAGCGUCUCGCGAACGACUGGACUGUGACUCAGAUACACACUUGCGACUGAACUUCUCUCGCGACAGACCGCGUUGCGACGACAGGGAUGGCGCGCAUAUGUAUAUGAACAUUUCGGCUACACACACUUAGCACGUGGUUCUGCAAAAUACAAAGUGUCUCCUUUCUUCCCAAUAAGGUGAAAAGCAUUUGUAAAAAAAAUAUAAUUACGUUAAGAUCGGUAGGCGAUAAUCUGUAUCCCUGCAUUGCGCUCCUUAAAAGUGUCAAAGUCAAAGAACCAUUUAUUUCAUAGGUAAAAUAAAUUUACACUUCAAAACGUCACGUUUAAGCUACUGCUCGUUCACUACGCGGACUUCCCUGAGAAGAACGAGCAAGAAACU